AUGCCGAAUUACACCCUCUCAGGUUCACAGCUGGAGAAAUUAGACAACAGCAGGCGAGCUCAGCGCAACCCACGGAAAUACCUUCAAGAAAGAUGCCGUAUUAUCCUGUUGCCCCACCUGGAAGCUGCAGUGGAGCGGUUUGAGGAGGCUCGAACUGUUGCUGGCACGUACGAGCUUGGUUCGGGCACGGCAAAAGUAAAGGACAUGUACCACCCUUCUAAGAUGGAGACACGGCGAUUGAUUGCCUGGUCCGAUCAUACCAUCACUUUCAUUAACCCGGAGGGGCAGCGAAGAAAUCUGCUUGCUGUCGUCGUGGCAAAGGAAAGAUGGGGCGAUGCCUACAAUCCUUUGUUGGCUCAUAUAGCCCUCUACCUCUACGCCCGGCACCAGUCAUCCACCCACAACAACACCGCCUACUGCGCAGACUGCAUGCACUACGCCAUGAGCGUGGACGCCAAGAUCCGACAUGCGGAGCAGGACGGCGCGGAGAACGUCCGCGGCAACAGGCAGUUCUUCCGGUAUGCGGUUGACGUGACUUGUCGGGGCGGGUUGUUUGUCGACAAGCGGUGUUUGGACUUUCGCAGGGGGUUCCUGGGGGAUCCGGCGAGGUAUAUGAUUGAGGUGGGGGAGCCGUAUGAGGCGUGUAGGGGAAUUGGGGCUUGUAGAUAG